CGUACGUGCGCGUGGGCAAAGCGUGUGGGUUCUGUGUGUCUGGCUUUCCCUUCUUCUCUUCCUCUUCUCGCUGUGGUGUUUUGAUUCGUUGUUUUGAUCUCGGGGUUCAAGGUCAAAAACUGCUUGCUUGCGAGUCAAAAAUUGCUGUACGCUGUGACUGCACUCCCACUGUCGUUCUCGUUUGUGACAAGUCCUCUAGGAACAGAAACUGCAAGCCGCGCCUGUCAUCAUCCCCCCAAAAAAACAUGCUGCAAGCGGUCUCGAACGACGGGCUACUGUGCUUAUCAUCUCGUAUUUGUUGUUGAAACAUAUCGGUCGAAGCAUGAGGUGGAAACGAACAGUAUCCCCUUCGCAAACGCAGCGCACAGAGCGAGUUCCGAUGGUAGUCGGUCUCUGGUGAUCUCUGGUCGGGUUGGUGUGCGUGCCCACAACAUACGACGACGUCGCGCGGCUCCUAUCUCUGGGGUGGACAACGGACCAGCAGGUCGCGCAGGUCGGGACCCCGUCGGCACAGUAUCAAAACCCGUGCCGAGUAGGAUCGGUUGCUCAACAGUGUACACACUAGGAUCACUUCACAGCCGGUAACUGCCAUUUGAAGGAGGUAAACGAGCCGUGGGACAGCUAGACGACAUACAGGACCCAAGUUGAACCAAGUUUUAAUUGUUGCAAGUUCCUGUGACGCGUAGCAACAAUCAUGGCUCGGAGCAGUCCCGUGAAACAUGAAACGUUGAUACCGUUCAUCGUGACGACGGCACUGUACUUUGUACUGAUCGAGCACACGGAACGCGGCACAACGCCAUCGACCGUGCUGAAAUGUAUGCCGAUCGUGAGCCUGCUGUUCUUCGGGGCACUAACCGAUCUACAGGCGAAACAAGCACGACGUUACAAGCGAAUGAUUCUGCUGGGGCUGUUCUGUUCGUCGUGGGGCGACCUGCUGCUCAAUUACAACCUGUUCGAGGCCGGCAUGGGGGCGUUCGGUGUGGCGCAGAUCUGCUACGUCAACGCAUUCGGUUUCCAGCCACUGCGGCCAGCAGUCGGCGUAGUGCUGUACGCUGGCGGAGUGCUCGCCACUUCCGUGUUUUUCGCCAACCUAAACUCAGUGAUCAAAGUAUGUCUUCCAAUCUACGCAGUCCUGCUACUGACGAUGUGCUGGCGAGCGCUGGCUAGGAUUCAAACGCGAAAUCAUAAACUGCAGGUGUUGUGUGGUGUCUGCAGCGUGCUGUUCGUUAUAUCCGACGGCAUAAUCGCGUUCGACAAAUUCUUUACCCCCAUUAGUGCUGCCCAGACCUACAUCAUGCUAACUUACUAUGCUGCCCAGCUCGGUAUCACGCUCAGCAUAACCGAUGGAACAAUCGGCACCUCGAAGAACACCAAAGCGAAGGCGCAAUAGGCAGACGGUUGUGAAGGACAGUGGCAGAGAUCGUUAUUGUCUUCAAUACCACCCCCCGCCCACGCCCCUGUAGUCAAUGCAUUGAAUACAAAAUCUGUGAUUCUGCAUCUUCCCGCUAUUUGAAACGAAACCCUUUCUCUCUCUCCCUCUUAGAGAUGGAUUGUUUUGUAUAUUUUUCCGUUUUUUGAAAGGCAAAUAAAUAGACUGCAUAGGUAA